AUGGAAACUUAAAUAAUAUUAAAGAUAAAAACAUUAGAUAAUCAAAUCACUCCAUUUGCAAUAGAUCCAAAUAAUACAGUAUAAUAAUUGAAAAAUAUAAUUUAAACAAAACUAAACAUACCUUUAGAUAAGUAAAGACUGAUUUACUAAGGGAGAGUUUUAGAGAACAACAAAUCUUUAUAAGAAUAUAAAGUAUUAAGUGAAUGAAUUAGUUAUAAAAUGAUCAUGUCAUAUUAUUGCCAGGAUAACCAAUAUAGGAAGAAUAAAUAGUCUAGAAUUAGACUUAAUAAUAAUAGCAAUAAUAAUAAGAAUAAGAAUAAGGUUCAAAUGAAUUCCCAGAAAUAGAUAUCUUAAGUAAUAUACUGAGAACAUUAAGUAAAAGAAGCUUGAUAUUUUAGGGCAACACUAAUACAAUAGAUAGAAUGUAAGGAGAAUGGUUCAAUAAUAAAGGAGCAAUGGUAAAAAGUAAAUGAUUUGCGAUUAGGUUUCACUAUAGAUAAGCAACAGUCAUUAGAGGGUAUAAGAUAAAAUUACUAAACUGUUAAGUAGUUAAUAGAUUGUUAAAUAAAACCUGAAGAAUUGAAACAAGAGGAUAUAUAAGGCAUAUAAAUAAAUUAUUCAUAUAGGCGAAUAUGUAAACCCAUUUGAUCCAAAAAAAAGAAGGUUUUAAGUUGGAUAGUGGAUUGAUGUUAAAGAUACGAUAGAU